UGAUCGUUGAGGAAAGCGAAGAGCGGUUAACUGAAGAACAAGUUGACGCUUUGCUCGAGAUAAUCGAGAAAACUCUUCCUGGCAAAGAAUAGAAUCAGAGGUAUCUUAAAAUGGCGAAUCUUCCUGAUGAUGUCCAGGAGCCGGCGUAUCGCUGGGAAACUGGGUAUGAGAAGACUUGGGAAGAAAUCAAAGAAGACGAAUCAGGGUCGCUCAUUACGUCUGUAAAUGACUGGAUCAAUCAGACGAAGCGCAGAAAGUACCUGCUGGAAGCGCGUCCGAGACAGUCGAGACUUGGCAUGAUGCGCUACUGUUUCAUUGUGCUCGAUCAAUCUACAGCUAUGAAUGACACGGAUAUGAAGCCUUCUAGACUGAUGAAGGUUGCCAAGUUGAUGCAGUCAUUUACGGAUGAGUUUUUCGACCAGAACCCGAUAAGCCAACUGGGAGUAAUAGGAAGUAGAGAUAAACGUGCAAAGGUGUUGGUUCCUUUGACUACCAGUGGACAACAGAUUAAAACUUCGGUUGGUGUUUUGACGGAUAAAGACUGCAGCGGAGAGUUUUCCUUGGAAAACAGUUUAGAAGUGGCUGGGGAGACAUUGAAAACAAUGCCUAGCCAUGCAAGUAAAGAGAUUCUGUUCAUAAUUGGCAGUUUGACUUCGUGCGAUCCCGUAGAUGUGUUGAAGAAAAUAGAAUGGGCAGCCAACAAUAAGAUGAGAGUUUCGGUCAUUGGACUUUCGGCUCAAGUGCACUGCUUCUCAACUCUGGCUAAGCUAACAGGAGGAGUUUACAAUGUGAUUCUGGACGAAUACCAUCUAGCCGAAUUGAUGAGUGCGUUUGUUAUUCCGCCUGUUAUAUCGACUGGGACUGGUUCUUCAUUAGUUAAAAUGGGCUUCCCGGAAUAUAAAGACUCCAGCUCUUCGGGGUUCCUAGCUAUGUGUUUCUGUCACGUGAACUCUUCGAAACCUAAAUGCACAAAUAAAGGCUUCAUCUGUCCUCAAUGUGGUGGAUGUUAUUGCACGAUACCAAUUGAGUGUAAAGUAUGUGGCGUCACUUUAGUAUCAGCCCCCCAUUUGGCUAGAUCCUAUCACCAUCUCUUUCCUCUGGAGAUGUUUAAAGAUAUUGUGGUGGGAGAGAAGACGGAGUGUUUCUGCUGUGGCUGUCAGUUAGAUUCGGGAGUAUCGGCUGCUUGUUGUAUGGAAUGUGAGAUUGUUGUCUGCAUUGAUUGCGAUAUUUUUGUCCAUGAUACUGUACAUACAUGUCCAAACUGUUUCUAUAAAAGUUGAUCUGGUUUUCGAUUUAUUGGUGCCUAGUUUUCUUAGUGUUCCAGAAAUAAAUCAAAACAGAACCGGUAAUUUUUUACCAUUGCGAUUAACCAGAGUAUUGCAACCGGAUAUUACAACUUUCACUAAAGAAACUUUUUUGUUGUAUAAUGUUAAAAGAUAUGCGUGGUAAUAAAAAAGAACACUCAAAGUUUAAGUUGAAAGUAAUUCAAUGAGGCGAAUGAAUCUCAUCUCAGCUGAUUGGGUUUUAACAUCAGGAAACAUAGCAUAGGGAUCAAGGAUGAAAUUUACAAUCGACUUUUAUAAACUUCAAAUUUUUACAUGAAAGCUUACCAUAGAAUAUCACAGCUGAUUCUUCAUUAAAUAAUGAUAGAACAAUAUUUUCAAUUUUGCUUUAAUUUAAAUGUUUUUGGACAUGUGUUGUUA